UAACAUUACAUAUAACUGAACCUAGACAUUCAUACAAACAUUGAGUCUUUAUUAUUGUUCUGCAUUUUAUCUCAACAUGGCUUCUCUUCCUCUUCUUCUGCUCCUCAUCCUCUGUGGUUCUUUGCAUGCAUGCACCCCUCGUCCUUUUACUGAAAAAGACACAACGAAAUACCAUUUCAAUAAGGAAUUAAACAAUGUUAAAUUGUUGGAGACGUUAACUACAUCAAGUGUAAAGGAUAAUAAGCUAGAGGAGAAUCCAGCACUGCAACAGAAAGUCACAAAUGAUGAAAUAAACAUUUGUGUGAGCUGCAGCAGUGCAUCAACUUUGAAGAAAGUGAUCGUAGGGUCAACGUUCCAAACUGGUACACCAUCCCUUCUUGCAGCAAAGGAUGAAAGGGGACAUGCAAGGUCAAUGCUGGGACCAGCUACGCACCAUGUUGAAGAAACAAUGGUUAUAAACACCAAUGAGAAUGCUGAGGACAUAGUUGAGGAUUAUGCACAACCUCAUCGGAAAGCACCUAUUCACAAUGAAAAGCCAUGACUCACUCUACUAAAAAUACUAUAAUAAUACAAUAUAUGUUUAAUUACUUCACAAACAAGCUCACUUAAAGGUACUUUAGUAGUUUUAGCCUUUCGUCAAAGUUUGUAUUGUAGCUAUAGGAUGAAGUAAACCAUCAAAUAUAAAGGCACAUGCAAUACUGCAUUGGCGAAAUGUGUAAUACCCCGAUAUAUUAUACCAUUAUGACCAUUACUACUCAA